AAUUGCUAGAGAGAGAGAGAGAGAGAGAGGAGAGAGAAAAUAUGAAUGUAUUUGUUCAAUCUCCAAAGGCAAAAGCAUCGUUAGCGUAUGGUUGCCGCUAUCGUGCGCACCCACCUUCUCCUCUAAAACGCUUAACCUUCACCACUCUUCUUCUCCUUCUUCCCCAAUCCCAAAGUCGCUGUUACAGUUAUCACUCUCUCUCUCCUUCUCUGUUCUUAUCACGCGCUACCAAAACUCUUCAUCACUCUCUCUCCCCUCACAUCCCAAACCCUAAUUUCCUCACGGGCAACUCUUUCUUCUUCCCCAUGGAGCGAUUCUGGAGUGGAAGUGGCAUUAAUAAGAACAAAGCAAUGGUGGAGAACUUGCAGACUUAUGGUGUGGUCAGAUCGAAGAAGGUCGCUGAAGUAAUGGAGAAAGUUGAUAGGGCUUUGUUUGUACCUGAUGGGAAUGCUCCUUAUUAUGACAGUCCCAUGCCUAUAGGAUAUAAUGCUACUAUUUCUGCCCCUCAUAUGCAUGCCACUUGCCUUCAAUUGUUGGAGGAGAAUUUGCAGCCUGGCAUGCAUGCUUUGGAUGUUGGUUCAGGAACUGGGUAUUUGACAGCUUGUUUUGCAUUAAUGGUUGGACCACAGGGUUGUGUAGUUGGUGUGGAACAUAUUCCUGAAUUGGUUUCUUCGUCAAUCCAGAAUAUUCAGAAAAGUGCUGCUGCUCCAUUAUUAAAAGAAGGUUCCCUUGCAGUGCAUGUUGGCGAUGGAAGGCAAGGUUGGCCAGAGCAUGCACCUUAUGAUGCUAUUCAUGUUGGGGCAGCAGCACCAGAAAUCCCACAGGCACUUAUUGACCAGCUGAAGCCUGGAGGAAGAAUGGUUAUUCCUGUUGGAAGCAUAUUCCAAGAUUUGAAGGUGGUUGAAAAGAGCCUGGAUGGUUCUGUGAGUGUCCGAACUGAGACCUCUGUUCGUUAUGUGCCUCUUACUAGUCGAGAUGCUCAGUUGCGCAAUGCCUGAGGGCAGUGUAAAUUUCAUACCUGGAAUUAUCUAGACUUUGGAGGUCUGUAGUUAUAGUCGAAGUUGGGUUGGGUUGUGCUACAAGUUCUAUAGAGUUUUUGUAUAUAUAAUAUGCUUUUAGAUCUUUUAUGAAUACUCAUAUGUGAUUAUAUAAUAAUAGUCUUAAGCCUGUUGGUUAAUUCAUUCAA